AACCAACGAAAGCAGGAAUAGAAUCUUGCACUACUUCACUGCUGGGAAGCCCACCAUCAACCUUCCCUUUUCCUGCAGCCUUUCUCCGGGAUAGGCAAACAAAUCAAGACAAGAUAUAACAAAACAAACCAUGCCCUCCCUCAGUCUCGCCCUCGGGCUCCGAAGCGCAACCCUUGCAGGGCACCACAGUAUCCCCAAUUACGCGCCCGCCUUGCUAGGCUUCCACUUCCUCUUCGCCUACGGCCUCCUCUCGUCGCGCACGCUCAAGCAGUGGUACGGGCUCGACCACAACGAGUCGCCGCGCUACGACCUGGCCAAGUACGGCGACGCGGCGGUCGCGGCCGGCCGCAUCACGCAGCGGCAGCUCGACAUGCUCCGGCGCAACGAGUCGGCGCACGCCAACGCCGUCGAAAACUACGCCCUGCUUGUCGGCGCCGUCGGCAUGGCUACCUUUGCCGGGGUCGACCGGGCGCUGAUCAAUCGGGCCGGGCUGACGUACACGGUUGCGCGCGUCGCGUAUGGCGUUGUGUAUAUCCUGAUUGAUCAUCCGCGCUGGAGCCAGGUGCGCGGGGUGACCUGGUGGAUUGGCAAUGCUAGUUGCUUGUAUCUGUUGUAUAAAGCCGCCGGGAGGCUGAAUGAGCUCUGAGUGCUAGGCCUCUCGCUACUAGUAGGAAUAGCAGUAGCUCGCUGGGGGAUGUGGUACUAGAAAGAGGAGCUGAUAGACGGUGGUCGUUCGUGGAGUCGGGAACGAGGACUAGUACUAAGGUAUCUAUACCAACAAGACGUGUAUAUUAAAAAGUGACCCAAGACGUAUCCCCACUAGUACCUUAAACUCCAGCUAUUAGUACUACUCACCCGCGUAACACUAGACCCUCCGUGCGAUGGUCCUGUUGACCUUAACCCAUCUACAUCUCCUACCUCCCACACUCCUCCACACAACACCCCAGGAAAGCCUAGCACCGUAGCGUCAACAACCUAGGGCGGUACGGCAGUCAUGGACAGCCAAGCUCAAUGGUGCGGUACAAGAAAACACGGAGAUGGCCUUCUGCGUCACCAUGGGCCGGUAUGUUCCUUCUUCUCUCAGCAUCGUUACGUAGUGGAGAGCUGAGCUCUAG